AUGCAGGCCAUUUCCCGACAACUCCGCCCCAGUGGCGCUAUCCUGCGCCAGAUCUCGACGAGGACAUACAGCUCGUCGGCCAGCCCUUACGCAGCCACCAUCAACAACCUGAGGAUCAAUAGCGACACCAAGGUCCUUUUCCAGGGAUUCACCGGAAAACAGGGAACUUUCCACGCACAACAAGCCAUUGACUAUGGCACCAAGGUUGUUGGUGGCACAAACCCCAAGAAGGCCGGCCAGACACACCUCGACCUUCCCGUCUUCGCCAACGUUGCCGAUGGUGUCAAGCAGACUGGCGCAAAUGCCACGGCAAUCUUUGUGCCUCCUCCUUUGGCUGCCGCCGGUAUAGAAGAGGCCGUUGCUGCCGAGGUUCCUCUCGUGGUUUGCAUCACGGAGGGCAUUCCUCAACAUGACAUGGUUCGCAUCACCUCGAUCCUCAAAUCCCAGAGCAAGACGCGCCUCGUCGGCCCCAACUGCCCCGGUAUCAUCGCUCCUGGCCAGUGCAAGAUUGGUAUCAUGCCUGGCUUCAUCCACAAGCGCGGCCGCAUCGGCAUUGUCAGCAGAUCCGGCACCCUGACCUACGAGGCCGUCAACCAGACCACCCAGGCUGGUCUCGGCCAGUCGCUCGUCGUCGGUAUUGGCGGUGACCCCUUCAGCGGCACCAACUUCAUCGACUGCCUGAAGGUCUUCCUCCAGGAUGGCGAGACCGACGGUAUCAUCAUGAUUGGUGAGAUUGGUGGUUCCGCCGAGGAGGAGGCCGCCGACUUCCUGCGUGCCAACAACACAGUCAACGGCGGCAAGCCCGUUGUUUCUUUCAUUGCCGGUAUCUCGGCUCCCGCUGGCCGCCGCAUGGGUCACGCCGGUGCCAUCGUCUCCGGAGGCAAGGGUGGUGCCGACUCCAAGAUCAAGGCUCUCGAGGCCGCUGGCGUCAUUGUUGAGCCCUCUCCCGCUGGUCUGGGCAAGGCUCUCCGCGACGAGUUCGUCAGGCGCGAUCUGUUGUAA